CUCCAUCUGCAUGUUUGGGACAACAUCGGACGCAGAAGCAGCCCAAAAGCAGUGCGUGCCUGGCCACCACAGCCCCAGCGAGCAGCAAAAGAGUCCUGGCUGCAGCACCACCACGCUCAGCCCCACGGAUUGGGGGUCUGCAGGAAAGGACCCCCAGGCAUGGUCAGAGUUGGGGCUGUACAGUUCAGCUGCGUGCUGCUGGCGAUGGCUGCAGGUCUGCAGUGCUGCCAUGCCCUCAAGGUACUGAGAGGGGUGCAGGGAAAGCCGCUGUCCUUCCCAGCGUUGCGCCCCUUGGCUGAGGACAUCGUGAGGAUCACCUGGAUUUCUGAAACCCACAGCACGCACAUCGCCGAAGCCAAGCCUGGGCUGAAGGAAUUUGCAGUGGAUUUCCUGCCUGACUUCCAAGGCCGGCUACGAAUCCAUCCCCACUUGCUGUCGCUGGAGAUCACGGAGCUGCGCAGCACAGAUGCAGGCCAGUACUCUGCAGGGGUAGACAUCGCCUCCAAACCCAGCAGCCCCAGGAAGUUUACCUACCGUGUGUUGGUUCUUGAUGACCCCUCUGUGACAACUGGCAGUGACACAGGAGGACACAGCAGGAGCACAGCUGGACCAGGAAUGAGCUCUGAGCCACAUGCUGGGGAGGGGACCACGCCAGGCCCGGGCAAGGGGCAGCUCCUGGAUGCUGGGGAGUCUCCAAGGCCAUGUGGGGCACAGGGUGGGUACUGCACACUCAGGGGUUAUCUGGUGGCUGCUGUGUUUGGCCCACUGGUGGUGUUACUGGUGGCUGUGCACGUGGUGACCAGGCGUUGAGACUGGGGGAUGAGUAGGACCCACACUGGGCUCCAGAGGGACAAGAGCGAAGUCUAAACCCACCCAGCACAACUCCACUGUUCUCCCAGGAUCGCCAGAUUUACCCAGACAGGAAAAGCCACAUUCACCCCAGUGAUGCCCUAUAAGGGCAUAAGAUGCAUUUCAUCAUCUCUUGCACAAGCCCCAAACCUGGUGACACUGCUUCCUCCCAGCGGCCACACAAACCCCACUGCGUCCCAUCACUCCCAGUCUGGGAUCUCCUCCUUUAUGGGGUCAGCAUCGGAUUCGUACCCGCAGCCCCGAAUUCGGUGUGAGGUAACAACUCAGCAUCUCGUCCAACCUUCCACAGUUUAUAAGAAGUGAAUUAUUUACCGGUGACCCCAACUAAAACGCCAGGCGGCAUGAAUUAUGGACGGGAGGAUCUGUCAAAAAGUUCUCAUAAAUAAGUGAUCCGGUGCCA